AUGACUUCAGAUAUACGAAAAGGGCAUAGAGAACUUCUUGAAGAUUUUAUUCGUGCUUACCAAGGACAACCAUGUUUAUGGCGGAUUAAAUCUAAAGAAUACCACGAUAAACCGAAAAAAGAAGCGGCGUAUAAAAUAUUAUUAGAAAAAUAUAAAUUAAUUGAUCCGAACGCAGACCGUGAUGCGGUUGUAAAAAAAAUAAAUAGCUUCAGAACUAAUUUUAGAAGAGAAAAGAAAAAAAUUGAAGAAUCUCGUCGCUCUGGUGCUGGUGCAGAUGAUGUAUACGAACCAAGUCUUUGGUACUACAACUUGUUCGCCUUUCUAAGCGAUCAAGAGACACCAAGAAACCCAUUCUCUAACAUUGAUGAAAGAGAGGAAGAAAAUGUAUUAGAUAAUUUAGAGGAAUCUGAUACCCAGGAAGCUGAUAAUAAUUAUACAAAAGAAAUCAAAUGUUUUCCAUCUGAAGAUAAUUCAAUUUAA